AUGUCCUGUCAGCAGAACCAGCAGCAGUGCCAGCCCCCUCCCAAGUGCCCUCCUAAGUGCCAGACUCCAAAGUGUCCCCCCAAGUGUCCUCCCAAGUGUCCUCCCAAGUGCCCCCCUGUGUCUUCCUGCUGUAGCCUGGGCUCUGGGGGCUGCUGUGGCUCCAGCUCUGGGGGAGGCUGUGGCUCUAGUUCUGGGGGCUGCUGCAGCUCUGGGGGUGGUGGCUGCUGCCUGAGCCACCACAGGCCCCGCAGAUCUCUCCGUCGCCAUCGUCACAGCUCUGGAUGCUGCAGCAGUGGAGGCAGCAGUGGCUGCUGUGGCAGCAGUGGUGGCAGCAGUGGCUGCUGUAGCAGUGGUGGCAGCAGUGGCUGCUGUGGCAGCAGUGGAGGCAGCAGCUGUGGCAGUAGCCAACAGUCUGGGGGCUGCUGCUGA